AACAGAUCAAUAGGCGAACGCGGAGCGCCGCUCAGCGCGGGAGGCAGCGCGGCCCCAGCCCGGCCCAGCCCCCGAUGCGCGCCGGAGCCCGCGGGCGGCGCUGAGCAGGGCGGCCCCGGGGGCCGGGCCCCCUCUCCGUCCGUGCCCCGCGGGCCAUCAUGUCCUUCCCCCAGCUCGGAUACCAGUACAUCCGUCCGCUCUACCCACCCGAGCGCCCGGGGGCCGCCAGCGGCGGCGGCAACGCUGGGGCCCGGGGCGGCCCAGGAGCCGGAGCCUCGGAGCUGGCCGCCUCUGGGUCCCUGUCCAACGUGCUCUCCUCCGUGUACGGGGCGCCCUAUGCCGCGGCGGCAGCGGCUGCCGCAGCCGCCCAAGGCUACGGUGCCUUUCUGCCCUACGCCGCCGAGCUGCCCAUCUUCCCGCAGCUGGGCGCGCAGUACGAGCUGAAAGACAGCCCGGGGGUGCAGCAUCCGGCCGCAGCCGCCGCGUUUCCGCACCCGCACCCCGCCUUCUACCCGUAUGGCCAGUACCAGUUCGGGGACCCGUCCCGUCCCAAGAACGCCACCCGGGAAAGCACUAGCACGCUCAAGGCCUGGCUCAACGAGCACCGCAAGAACCCCUACCCCACCAAGGGCGAGAAGAUCAUGCUGGCCAUCAUCACCAAGAUGACCCUCACCCAGGUGUCCACCUGGUUCGCCAACGCGCGCCGGCGCCUCAAGAAAGAGAACAAGAUGACUUGGGCGCCUCGCAGCCGCACCGACGAGGAGGGCAACGCCUACGGGAGCGAGCGCGAGGAGGAAGACGAGGAGGAGGACGAAGAAGACAGCAAACGCGAGCUGGAGCUGGAGGAGGAGGAGCUCGUGGGGGAGGAGGAGGACACGGGGGGCGAGGGCCUGGCGGACGACGACGAGGACGAGGAGAUCGAUUUGGAGAACUUAGACGGUGCGGCCACGGGGCCUGAGCUCGCCUUGGCUGGGGCGGAGCACAGGGACGGCGACCUCGGCCUGAGACCCAUUUCAGACUCCAAGAAUAGCGACUCGGACGACAGCUCGGAGGGCCUGGAGGAGCGUCCACUGCCGGUGUUGAGUCUGGCCCCAGCGCCACCGCCGGUGGCCGCGGUCCCGCCGUCUCCGCCCUCGCCGCCUGCGGGCCUGGACCCCUGCGCUCCGGCGCCAGCGCCCGCCUCAGCCCUGCAGAAGCCCAAGAUCUGGUCCCUGGCCGAAACGGCCACAAGCCCGGACAACCCGCGCCCCUCGCCUCCGGGCGCCGGGGGUUCUCCCCCUGGAGCCGCCGUCGCGCCCCCAGCCCUGCAGCUCUCUCCAGCCGCCGCGGCCGCCGCGGCUCACAGACUCGUCUCGGCGCCUCUGAGCAAGUUCCCGGCUUGGACCAACCGGCCGUUCCCAGGCCCGCCGCCGGGGCCCCGCCCGCACCCGCUCUCCCUGCUCGGCUCGGCCCCUCCACACCUGCUGGGACUUCCCGGAGCCGCGGGCCACCCGGCCGCCGCCGCCGCUGCCUUCGCUCGGCCGGCGGAGCCCGAGGGCGGAACAGAUCGCUGUAGUGCCUUGGAAGUGGAGAAAAAGUUACUCAAGACAGCCUUCCAGCCCGUGCCCAGGCGGCCCCAGAACCACCUGGAUGCCGCUCUGGUCCUCUCGGCUCUCUCCUCGUCUUAGUACUUAUUUUU